AUGAGUUUUAGAAGUCACGAGCUUUACGCAUAUACCCUUGUACUUUGCAGACAAGACUUACAGUCAGUUUUGGCUGCAGUGAUACAACGUUCUUUUAAAAGCAUAGGCACAAGUAUCCCAAAGGAGAUCAAGAAGCGGCAAGGUGAUAAUGACGCAGAGAUUGCCGAGACAUUGCAAACGAUGCACAAAAUGAUCGUCAACAAAAAUUGCUGCCAGAUGGACAAUGAUACCAUUUCGGAGAAGAGUGUGCCUAUUGCUGCAGUUGUCGACAAGGUAGAGAAGUACAAGAUCAAGGUCUCAAGCACCCCAAGCCCGGAUGUACAGGCUGCUAUUAACGAAGCAUUGAAAAGAGAUUUCCUCGGUGAAAUGAUUUGGCUGAUACUUGGAAAUGCGACAGCAAGAGAACUGAGAAAGUGGAUUUCCAUAUAG